AAUUUACGCAGUUUUCCGCCAUGUUGAUAGCAGGAUGAAGAACCACUUGUUUGCCAUCAAAAACUUUCACGAUUAUUAAUACUUAAAACUUGAGAUACGCGAAAUAUUUUACUAGCAGUGAAAGGUUUCUAUUAUAGAGCAUUGUGCUUUUAAUCGACGUUGUACCGUGCGCAACACGUCCCACGCUCCACAUACGACCGCCAUAGUGCUGUACCGAUGAUGAGAAUUCUUAAAUAAGAAAGAGGAUACAGAUGUGAAACAGUUACUAGAAAAAUAUUUACUUUAUAUUUUUUAAACAUUUUCAGAGGCUCAGUUGGUCGAUACUCGUGUAAAAGAAGUCAUUAAUUUGUUUGUACUACUUCCGGUUAACAGUAUGGCUGUCAGUGUGUUGUGACGUACGCGAUAAUGCUUGCAGAAAGCAAGGUGAUAGAUAGGCGGACCUGUCCGCAAAGACAUGCUUGGUUCGUAUGUUUUAUUUGCAGCGAGGUGAUUUCUGUAUUGCAAGAUUUAUUUUAGGAGAAGGUUUUUUAAAGCGUCGUUAAAUCACUUUCUAUCUGUCACGCUGUCUUAAGAGCAUGAAAAUUAGGCUGUUUACGAAAGUUGGUUAUGCCCAAGUAGGCUGUUGAAGCUGUAUGAGAGAAUAACCAGGAAAUGAAGAUGAUGUUUAACGUGUACGAGGGACAUAGUGCAAAGUUUUUUAAUGCUGGUUGCUGCUGGGUUGCCUGUAAAACACUGUUACUUAUUUCUGUGUAUUUCGCAUUUUCCAUUGGGCUAACGUUUUAUCAGCGAUCUAUUUUACAGGUGCUCAACUUUCCCCUGUCAGUGGUUGUAAGCCAUCUGGUAAUAAAAUUCCUUUUGGCAUGGAUUUCACGGUAUUUAUGGCAGUGUUACACAUCACGGCCAAGGAUUACACUUAACUGGACUUUAUAUAUAACAAAAUUAUGCCCUACUGGAGUUGCAAGUGGACUGGAUAUAGCAUUUUCAAACUGGGGUCUGUCCCUAAUUACUGUGUCUUUGUAUACAAUGACAAAGUCAACCACUAUACUUUUUAUUUUAGGAUUUGCACUCCUCUUCCGAUUAGAGAGUAAGUCUUGGUCUUUGGUUGCAAUAGUUUUGAUGAUAUCAAGUGGUUUAUUUCUUUUUACAUAUAAAGCCACUCAGUUCAGCUUGGAAGGUUUCAUGAUCACUUUGCUUGCUUCAUUCAUGAGUGGCCUUCGCUGGACGUUAGCUCAGCUUAUCAUGCAGAAAUCAGAAUUAGGUCUGUCAAAUCCAGUGGACAUGGUAUACCAUGUACAGCCUUGGAUGAUUGUGUCUGUUCUACCAUUUGCAGUGGCUUUUGAAGGUCAUAGCAUAGCAAGCAGCUGUCACACAUUCCGAUAUCAUAGUGCCAGCCAAAUUCUUCAUUCUGCAGGUGUUGUUCUGUUUGGAGCAAUCCUUGGGUAUCUGAUGGAAAUUGCAGAAUUUUUAGUAGUCUGCCAAACAUCAAGUCUUACUUUAUCUAUUGCUGGGAUUGUCAAGGAAGCGAUGACGCUGUUGCUGGCCAUAUUGUUGGUUGGUGACCGCAUGAGUCCUGUGAACUUUGUCGGCCUGCUGUUGUGCAUGGCAGGUAUAAUGGUCCACACUUUGGGCCGCACCUCGGCGGCUCUACACUCCAGUGGUAACAGGCAGGAUGAAUACCAACUUACUGACAAGCUGCCCCUGCUGUCUGCAGAGGGUGAGACCCAUGUAAAAUUCCUGGUCCAUGAAACCAGUAGCAGUGAAGAUGAGAGUGGUGAUGACUCAAACCAAGUGCUCUUCAGUAUAAAGCAGAGGAGGGACAACCCUGUGAGAUAACCAUUUCUGCCGCUGCUGCAGCAGUACGUCUGUCUGUAUUUUACAGACAUGUGAUUUUAUAUGAGUAUUGUUUGCAUUUAAAAAGACAUGAUCUCUCUUUUAUACCAAGUGUACAUUCUUUUUAGUUGGAAUAAAGAGUUUAUAUACAAAGUAAAUAAACAAAUUUCUACUUUACUGAACUUGGGCUUACAUCUGUUAUAUACAGGGCAUGUAACAAAUUUUGCUACUUGAGAGGGUGCUCAUGAAAAAUCAACAAUCAUAGGACAAUGAAACUUUGUGGAAACAUUUGUAAGGACAUAUGAAAGAGAAAUAAUAAAUAAACCAUUGAAACAAA